AUGUCGGCAAAGGGUCUAAGGAAUGGGGGGUAUCCCAAAGGAACACCUACUCGUGAAUUGCAAUUUAAGUUUCAACAUAAGGAAAGAUACAUAGCAAUUCCUACCACUAAAAAAAGCAGACCCUUACAAACUUUAACUGCAUUCACGAGUAGUAUAAUUGUAGCACUAUAG